AGAGAGAGAGAGAGAGAGAGAGUGUGUUUUAUUCCUCCCUGGUUCGGCUCCGUUCUUCUCUCGGGAGCGAGCGGCUUGCCCAUGUCUGUCAACUCAGAAAAAUCUUCUUCCCCAGAAAGGCCCGACACACAGAAGGUUCCGUCCACUCCUCCUCCUCCUCCUCCCCCUCCUCUGCCACCCCCUCCCGAGCCUGUGGCCCCGCCGGAGCCGGAGGAGGAGAUUCUGGGCUCUGAUGAUGAAGAGCAGGAGGAUCCGGCCGACUACUGCAAAGGAGGUUACCAUCCCGUGAAGAUCGGAGACCUGUUUAACGGCAGAUACCAUGUCGUCCGCAAGCUGGGCUGGGGUCACUUCUCCACCGUCUGGCUGUGCUGGGAUAUUCAAGCGAAGCGUUUUGUUGCGAUGAAGGUCGUAAAGAGUGCGCAGCACUACACAGAGACGGCACUGGAUGAAAUUAAAUUACUCCGAUGUGUGCGUGAGACUGAUCCUGAUGAUCCUAAUAAGGACAUGGUUGUUCAACUCAUGGACGACUUCAAUCUGGUCUCAGACGUGUGUAUGGUGUUUGAAGUUCUUGGUCAUCAUUUGCUCAAGUGGAUCAUCAAGUCUAAUUAUCAGGGUUUGCCGUUACCCUGCGUCAAGAGCAUCAUUACACAGGUUCUGCAGGGCCUCGAUUACCUUCACAGUAAGUGUAAGAUCAUCCACACGGACAUCAAACCGGAGAACAUCCUCAUGUGUGUGGACGAGGCUUUCGUGCGCAGGAUGGCGGUGGAGGCCACCGAGUGGCAGAAAGCCGGAGCGCCGCCGCCGUCUGGAUCCGCUGUCAGCACGGCUCCUCAACUCCAGCAGGUGGGGAAGAUCUCCAAAAAUAAAAAGAAGAAGCUGAAGAAGAAGCAGAAGCGGCAGGCGGAGCUGCUGGAGAGACGCAUGCUGGAGAUCGAAGCUCUGGAGCGAGAGGCGGAGAAGCAGAGAGCCGGAGGAGCGCCGGACGCUGCACACGGUCCCAGCCUGGCUCUGGCCGACAGCGAGGAAGAUGAAGAGGAUGAUGAGGAUGCAGAUGAGGACGAGGAGGCCGAGGGAGAGAAGGAGCGGCCCGUCAGACUCACCAACCACACAUGUGCGGAGCCGGAUCAGGAUCAGGAUCAGGAUCAGCAGGAAAUAGAGGAGAACGAGGAAGGUUGUGACAUCCUUCCCACUGCCGACUAUCCUGCUGAAGAAGAGUCACACAGGCGCACACACACUCCACCCGAGCGACAGGAUACUCCUGAGAACGAGGACGAGUGUGGAAACUCAAAAGAACAAGAGCAGGAUGGAAAUGAAGACGUGAGAGAGGAUGAGGAAGAGGAGGAUAAAACAGAGGAAGAGGAAACGGAAGCCACACCCUCACAGAGCGCCGAGGACGAGCCGAAGACACACAAGUGUCCAAAUGAGGAAGAAGCAGAUCCAUCUAAAGAGACAAUAGAGAGACAAGAAGACGAAGAGGAGGAGGAGGAGGAGGAGGAAGAUGAAGAUGAAGAAUAUGACGAGGAGGAGGCAGAGGAUGAAGGCCAGGAACCGUCCUGCAAGGACCACAACAACACCUGUAAAACGAACGGUCACGUGAUCAUGUGUGCGCAGGAGCGUCUGUCCUCGCCUCUGCUCUGCCCUCUGGUGGAGUCUGAGAUCAGCACGACCGACCGCGACGCUUCCGACACCUCGUACGAACUUUUCAACGGAGAGACCGUGCUGACGAACGGAGCGCGGCACCGCGGCACCACGCCACGCUUCCCCGAGCUUCCUUUGGAUCCCCAUCAGGACGACUGCGAGCACGACGAGGCCCAUGCGCGCAACACCGACCGCAGCCGAACAGUGUCCUCGUCCAGCACCGGAGACACGCCCAAAGCGAGGGUCAGAGCGACCGAUCUGCUGGUGAAUCCUCUGGAUCCGAGGAACGCAGACGUUCUGAGAGUCAAAAUCGCUGAUCUGGGCAAUGCAUGCUGGGUGCACAAGCACUUCACGGAGGACAUCCAGACGCGGCAGUACCGCUCCAUCGAGGUGCUGAUCGGAGCGGGAUACAACACUCCCGCUGAUAUGUGGAGCACGGCCUGCAUGGCGUUUGAGUUGGCCACUGGGGACUAUCUGUUUGAGCCGCACUCUGGUGAAGACUACUCCCGUGAUGAAGAUCAUAUAGCUCACAUCAUAGAGCUUCUUGGCUGCAUUCCUCGACACUUUGCUCUUUCUGGAAAAUAUUCCCGGGAAUUCUUCAACCGGAGAGGUGAGCUGAGGCACAUCACCAAGCUCAAGCCCUGGUCUCUGUUUGACGUGCUGGUGGAGAAAUACGGCUGGUCAGCUGAGGACGCCGGUCACUUCACUCACUUCUUGCUGCCCAUGCUGGAGAUGGUGCCGGAGAAACGGGCCUCCGCCUCAGAAUGCUAG